GCGGCCGGCUCCGCCCCCGUGGGCGGGGUCUGGGGAAGCCGCGGGCGACCGGCCGCGGCGCGGGAGUUGCUGCUGCUGUUGCUGCUGCUGCGGCGGCUGCACCCGCGGCGCCGAGGCCGAGGCGGAGGCCGGGGUGCGCGCUUGGCGAACGCAUCCGAGCCGCGCCGCUCAGCUGCACUGGCCCCUGCUGCCGCCUGCGCGUCUCGGCUGGCCUGCGCACUGCUCCAGCGAGGAUGCGGCUGUUCUGGUGGUUGAUGAAGCAGGCGGUGCCGAAGCAGAUCGAGCGCUACUCGCGCUUCUCGCCAUCGCCGCUCUCCAUCAAGCAGUUCUUGGACUUCGGGAGAGAUAAUGCGUGCGAGAAAACUUCAUACAUGUUUCUGCGAAAGGAGCUUCCUGUGCGUCUGGCUAACACAAUGAGAGAAGUCAACCUUCUGCCGGAUAAUUUGCUUAACCGCCCUUCGGUGGGGUUGGUUCAGAGCUGGUACAUGCAGAGCUUCCUUGAACUUUUGGAAUAUGAGAAUAAGAGCCCUGAGGACCAACAGGUCUUGGAUAACUUUCUGCAAGUUCUGAUUAAAGUCAGAAAUAGACACAACGAUGUAGUUCCUACAAUGGCACAAGGAGUGAUUGAAUACAAGGAGAAGUUUGGGUUCGAUCCGUUUAUUAGCAGUAACAUCCAGUAUUUCCUGGAUCGGUUUUAUACCAACCGCAUCUCCUUCCGCAUGCUUAUUAACCAGCACACACUUCUGUUUGGUGAUGACACUAAUCCUGCUCAUCCUAAACACAUCGGAAGUAUUGAUCCCACCUGCAACGUGGCUGAUGUAGUGAAAGAUGCGUAUGAAACCGCCAAGAUGCUGUGUGAACAGUAUUACCUGGUAGCCCCAGAACUGGAAGUCGAAGAAUUCAAUGCCAAAGCUCCAAACAAACCUAUUCAGGUAGUUUAUGUGCCCUCACAUCUGUUUCACAUGCUAUUUGAGUUGUUCAAGAAUUCAAUGAGAGCAACAGUUGAACUCUAUGAAGAUAAAAAACAGGCCUACCCGGCUGUUAAAACCCUUGUUACUCUGGGUAAAGAAGACUUGUCCAUUAAGAUCAGUGACCUAGGUGGUGGCGUCCCCCUUCGAAAAAUAGAUCGCCUUUUUAACUACAUGUAUUCAACCGCGCCUAGACCAAGCCUGGAGCCUUCAAGGGCUGCUCCUCUGGCUGGAUUUGGUUAUGGCUUGCCAAUUUCUCGUCUGUAUGCUAGAUAUUUUCAAGGUGAUCUAAAACUGUAUUCUAUGGAAGGAGUGGGUACAGAUGCUGUCAUUUAUUUGAAGGCACUUUCAAGUGAAUCAUUCGAGAGACUUCCAGUUUUCAAUAAGUCAGCAUGGCGCCAUUACAAGACCACACCUGAAGCCGACGAUUGGAGUAACCCUAGCAGCGAGCCCAGGGACACUUCAAAAUACAAGGCAAAACAAGACAAGAUCAAGACUAAUAGAACUUUCUAGAGAACUGAAUGCUUUGGUCCUCUCUGUGAAGAAAGCUCGUCUUCCGCAAGUCAACCAGAAAGAGCUCCUUUCCUCCAUCAACUCUGAGCGUGGCACCGUAGUUAUUCCAGUGCUUGAAAUGUGUAUUGUCUCUGUACCACCUGGACCUUUCACAGAGAAACCUCCCUGUAGCUACUUCAGCUCUCUCACUAAAGUAGUAACUUGAAUAAUUGUUCAUAGUAUGUUGCUGUGAUUUGGUUGGCGCCUGUCAUAAGAGAGCACAGAGCCUCAUUAGUGCUCUUGUGUCCUCAUACCUCUCUCAUUAUCAUAGAGUCGAGUGUCUACAGUGUCCUCAGGAUUCUAAGCUCCCUCCCCAUUGCAGAUACAGCAGAUCUCUACUGUUGCACUUUGUGACCAAAUGCCAUAUUUGUCCCAAACCUGACUAAGGCCUGGGAAUCUGGAAGCUGAAGACAUCAGCUGAGCGUGUCUUGAUAAUUGAGUCCCAGGGCCCUCCCUCUCUCAUAUGCGUCCCUCCUUACUCUCUAAUUGAGACAUUUACCUUCUUCCAUCUGAUCGAUCGUAUUCUCAUUGUGAGGGGUGGGUACUUGCACAGUAGAUCUUACUCUUUGAUGUGUUGGUUUUAUUUUAAAAUUCAUUUGUAUAGUUCCAUUCUGUUGACUAAAGCAUUCAAAAAGUUGUCUUGGAAUUUUUCACUUAACUGCUUAGUCUCAAAGAUCUUAAGUGAAAAACUACCUUCCGGUCACUUAUCAAAUUUGUAAAGAGUGGAAAGUGGAGUUUUUAUGCUUAUGUAAACAUUUUACUAAUGUAAUACUGUACCUUUGUCAUAUUCUAUUCCUUUGUACUUUUCUAAGGCAUUGGAAAUCCUCGUGUGAUAUACUUCACUAGUUGGAAAAUAGACUAUCGAAGGGAAAAGUGCUUUCUGGUUUCUUCUGGAAAACGCCCUAGGUCUUCUUCAUUUUCAUUUUCAUGAAUGUUAGCCAGUUUUGGAAUUGCAGAUCUGAUUUUCACAAUCCUUGCCUUUUUGCUGCAAGUUGGAGUUGGCAGAGGAAUUAUGGUGAGGAAAGAGGAGCCAUUGUUUUUACCCUGGGAAAUGGAAGCUGUCCGACAGUCCUCAUUAUAACCUGCAACUUCUGCAGCUCCACAGGGUGUGUUUGUCUUCGCUGUAAUUUUUCAUAUAUAUCACCUACUUUGACUUCUGUCCUCUUCUAACUUCCAUAUCAAUGUUCCCAUCCAAUUCUUAAGUAUUGAGUGCAUUGAUUUAAGGAUUAUAACUUGUAAAGUAUUCUUCCUCCUCGAGUCAUCCACUAGUAUCAGUGCAGCCGUCCCUACUGCUGUCACAGUGGGGAGUUUUCCCUGGGAGGAGUGGUGCCCUGACCAGCCAAGUGUGGCUUGAUGGCAGCUCUGUUUCUCUUAGUUCCACUGAAUCUGAUUUUCUUUGAUUUCAGUGUGUGGUAGUUCCCUUCAUCUUUACAAAGAGCUCAUCUCGUCUAUCCUUAGAAGGAUCUCAUCAGAGAACUCAUAUCAUCAGUCAGGUAAAAGAAAGGCCAAUGUACUUUCAAGGUAGGGGUGAUAAAAUGGUCCAUAUGGAGACUGAGUCAGUGUCUUGGGGACAGGGCUGUCCCCUAAGAUUAUUUCCUUGCAGUGUAAAAGAUGUAAAAAUAAUGGCUCUUUACAUAUAAAGAUCCUGGCUUCCUUCUAAACAUUAGAUAAUAUAUGAGAAUCUUCUAGGUCUCCAUUUCCAACCAUACCCCUUUACACUUCCAAGUAUGAUACACUGUAGGGCAAUGAAAGCAGAUUCCCGAGUGUUUCCUCCUGCCUUGUUCUGGAGAAGUUUCACCGUGUGGAUGAGGACUGCCGACUGAUCGUUAUGCCCUCACAGCAAGCUCCGUGCAAAGAUUGGAGAUGGGAAAUACGGUGUGGGAAAAUCCUCUCACCUUCCUCCCUUUAUGGGUCCUUUUCCCAAAGGAAAGAUUUCUUUCAGUGUUUUAGUGACUUCGUAGGCAGUCCAUUACUAAUAUACUUUCUGCUAUACUCAUAUCCAUCUGACCAUGGUGCAGUCUUGCCUCCUCUUUGUUUUCUGCAUUGAGAAUUUAACUUUGCUCCCAAAGCAACCAUGAAAGAGUUCAAGAACACCUGGCAUUCUCAGUUUUGUGGCCCCAAGUAUGCAUUUCUUCCUUUUUGUCGGCUCUACAUGAUUCUCUGAAUUUAGGCGCCUCCUUCUGGCUGUUUGAUGGGUUUGUCUCUAAGUAAAUGGUCCCAUUUCUGCAUAUAAGUUGUAAUAUAAAUAGACAUUGAGCCCUUUUCAGUAAAAUUAAUGUAGUUCUCCCAGUUCUUUUGUGUUUGCUUUUCAUUGACUUGAUUCUAUUUUAAGUAAUCUGGAGACUGUCUACUAUUUGGAAAAGUGCCUGGCACAUAGUAGGUGCUUAAUAAAUAUUACUUGCAUCAAAGAAUGAAAAUUGAGAGGCAUUUACCUUUCAUGGUAGGCAGCAUCUUUCCAAGUUCUUAAACUUGUCUUUGUUUCCAAAUUAAAAAUCAUUCCAGUCAGGGGCUGUAGAAGUACUGAAUUUCCUUUUUAUAGUGCUAAGUGAUGACUUAAAAUGUAGAGAAACGAAAGGAAGGAAGUUGGGAUGGAUCCACAGGAGCCUUCUGAUCCUUUCUUUGUCUCUGAAUAUUUUAUGACUCCUUAAUAGAGUGGGUUCUUUCCAUCCCACCCAAGUGACAUGAUAUUAUAGCCUUGCUUAUAGAUUCCAAAGAACUUUCACAUACAGCAUCCCAUUUGAGCCUUACCAUGCCGUGAGGUGGACCAUGCAGGUACUAUCUGUUUUCAUCUGAGUCCCAAAGUAGUGCAUGGUUUGCCAAGGCAGCAUGGUAAGUGACUAGAAGAACCAAAGUGGGUAGUUGGGUCUUGUUGCUCCUAGGCCUGUGCUCUCAACAAUGCACCAGGAAUCAGCAUUAUCUCUUUUGAGGAAUUUCUUGGGUAUAGCAACAGCCCUCAGGGGUAAGAUAUAAAUCACAAUUUUUCUAUAGUGCAAGAGAAUUCCAUUCAGGAGAGGUUAUCCUUUGUGUGUUUUCAUUUUGGCAUGGUUAAUUAGAGGAGAUAAUUGAACGGAUUUGGCAACUUUUACCCAGGAAGACAGGCAACUUAAAGUGUAUAGCUGUAGGUAAUUACUGGAGUUAUUUAGACUUAAUUCUAUGUUUGAAUGAACUCAGUGCUCAUUGCCAGCCCUUUCGUACAAAGACCCCACAUUCGAGAGUUGAUGCUUUUAUCUUUUGCUAGACCGGGUUACAGCUUCAGUUGGAUUUUCUUGCAUAUUUACAAAUGCACCUCUGUUGCAGUUCCUUAUGUUCAGUAACUUGGCUGGCUCUCAGAUUCUUGGGUCACAUCCUUUGUCCCUCAAUUGUUUGCACACCUCACUUUAUUAUUUUCUAGUGUCUGGUGGUGCUGAGAGGGCUGAGUCCAGGCAGAUCUUUCUUCCUCUUUGGUAGAUGACCUGCUUGUUUGCCCUGGAUACUUGAGAUUUCUUGUUUAUCCUUGAAUUCAGUAACUUCAUUUCGAGUGUAUCUCAGAGUUAACAGUUGUCUGUUGGCUUUUUCUGGUUUGCCAUGAACAUUAGAUAUUGACAUUUGGACCUUACCACAUUUCUUAUCAGUUUAUUUGUUCUCUUCUUUGACAGUUUGUCCCGGUAUUGGCUCUCUCUUAUCUGCCCUUUACAUUUGUCUGUCUUUCGAUCGCUGUCAUCUCCUUGUCUUUCUUCCUGCUGUGUGAUUUCUUUCUCAUCUCUACCCUUCCAUGUCACUGGCUCCGUUUUCCAUAGUGUUGAUCCUCAGCCUUGAUGCUUGCAAUGUGGCUUUCAUUUCUGUUACACCUUUAGUUUUUUUAUCUGUUUCUUCCUUAGCUCUGCCAGCUUUUUUCUCUCAUCAUAUUGUCCUCUUUGGCUCCUUAUUUCAUUUCUUUGGAAGCUGAACUAUAUUGUCUAUAUUUUCAUGGUUUUCUGAAAUCUGUUUGUCUUCUGCUUCUUUCAUUGCUUUUCUUCUGUGCUGUUUUACUCUUUUAUUGUUGUACAAGUAUCACGAUAGCCUUUUCUGCUUAUUAUUUGUCUUUGCAUGGGACCAGUUCUGUUUGUCCAAGAGGAGUACAGAUCCUCCUCGACCCCACCUUUUUCAGCUGAGCAGCAUUUGAAUGAUCACCUUCACGCUUGAACUGUAAGGCUGAUCUUGAUGGAUUAUAAUGGUGAGGCUGCUUGGUUUUUCGUUCUCCUCUCUGGGUAUGGUGGAAUAAGGAAUGAAGCAGAGCCUCCUUGGGAAAGGCUGUCUCUGAGUGCCUUCCAUGGACACUGUGGAAUCUCUGCCCCGGGGCAUCCGGGUCCCAUUGGCAGAGGGCGAUUCCCCCUGACUUUCCUUAUGUCCCCUAGAUGUCGUGCUAGCCGGAGUGUGGUGGGCUCGUACUUCUGCUCUGCUGAAUUAUAUGUCCAGCAGGUCCUCGAAUAAUGUCAUUUUGUUCAACGUCGUUUCGUUAUAGUGUUGAUGAGAGGCUGUAGGAACCUAACUUGUUUAUAUCAAUUAGCCUAUGGUAAAAUUGGUUUUGAAGUCAAAGAAACUAUUGCUGACAUUGAGGACGUACUGUAGUCAGCAUUUGUAUGAUCGGCUCCUGGAUGGCUGUGUGUGUCUCCUCUGUACACAAAUAGUGCGCCUGAGAUCUCAACCUCCCGUCUUAGCUUUGCUUCUAGAAAUGGGCCCACAGAGUGUGCACUCAGCCUCUCCCGACUGCCACCUGUCCUCGUUUCUCCAAGUUAAGGAGAAAUGGUUGGUAGGGUCCUUUGGUUUGGAACGCUCUCAUGAAUAGCCAGCAACUGUGGCCUGCGUGGCAAAUGCAAGAAUCCUCCUUUCAUUAGUCCCCAGUUUUGCUGUAUCUGUGAGACACUCCCCUGGAGUCCUCGGUAUGGGGUGGUGAGUUUUACUAGUUUCAUUAUAGACAGCUUCUCUUUCAGUUUUUGGAUGCGGUGUGUACCGAAGGGCAGGGGCACUUACAUAAACUUGCAUUUAUUCUACCAUCUUCCCAGUGGCCCAGGUGCUUCAACAUUAACUUUGAAGAUAAUGUCCUUCAUAAUCAUAAUCUAUGUUAGUAAACAGAAGGACCCAAUAUUGCUAGCAGGAAAGAACUAUUAAUAACUUGAUCAAUACAGGACUUGUUUAUUGUUCUAUGUGGAAAGAUAACUUUUAACUCAGGUUUUCAUUCCAUCGAUUCGAGAUAUCAGUACCUACUGGUUUGAAAGUAAGAGGCAUGUGACAUUUUAAUGAACGUAAGAAGUUAUCAGCCACUGACAAUUAUUUAUUAGUUAAUUAAACAUGAUAGGAUAUUUCAAACUAGUACAUUAUCAGAGUUACCAGGAGAAGCAUAAACAGUUUUUUAUUAACAGGCUCCAUCAAGCUGCCCCACUGAGGGUGGUAACCCUUGUGAGAGCUUUACUCUGAGACAGGUUUUCUCACCUGUCUUUUCAAUCAACCCAUUUAAAAAUCUGGUUCAUCAAGAAAUAGAGAAGAGUUAAGUCCCCAUCAGGAUUAUUUCUGUUGCUCAUGUACACUGAGGUGGCUUGUAGGUCUGAGGCCUGUAGAAGCACACAAGGUCAUGUUUUGAAAGUGUGCUGACAGGUGGAUCACGGGUUGGGGGUUUUCUUUGGCCUGUUUGUAGGAUUAAAGCCCCCUUUCCUCAGUGGCCCAUGUAUUCCUGGGCAGACUUUUCUCAACUUCAGGCCUAGCAUAAUGAUCAAGGGGCAUGAAUGACCCCCCCGGCUCUGUACGCCACUCUGUGCAGUGCCUUCCGCUAACAUCCCAUUCGUUGCCCUGGUUCAGUCCUGGUAUGAAAUGGAGAAUUGAAUACGCGCUCACAUGUAAGGGAUGAAGGACGUGCAAGUGGUAGACAGGAGUCGUGUCAAGGAAAACCAUGUUCAUUCCUCCAUUUAAAUAAUAGUAUAUGUGGUGUGCUAAAAACUGCUAAGUGCUGGGCAUGUGGCCGUGAGCAAGGCAGAUGGGAGUCCUUGCCUCGUGGCGCUCACCUUGUAGUAGGGGAGACAGAUGAGACACAGAACAGGGGAAGCUUCUAGUUCACUAGGGAGAAAAGUAAAAGCAGGAUACAGGAGGUUGAGGGGCGGGGGGCACCUACCCUGUAAAUGUUUUCAUCAUGGACAGGUGGUUCCGUACAUGAGGAGUGGUGAUUCCCGAGUUCUUUCAUCUUUGUAUCUCUUCACCUAAAUUUGGAGCCUGUCUUCCAUGCCCGGUUCUGUGCAUGGCUCUGCAGCUUCAGGUAGACAAAGUAGACAGCCCAUUGCAUCUUGUCUCGCUGACCAAUAGGAAACCGUUGUCAGGUGAGAGGAGCCAGCUUUUACAAUCAAAUGUCAUUGAAUGGCGUGGACUGCUGGUUCCUCAUAAGAAAUGCAAUUACAGCGGGUUCCAGAUGUGUCUUUUGGGGACUUCAGAAAUUAUUACUGAAAUAAAAACUUCCCACUCACAGCAGCAUGCGAAUGAUGAUGCUGGAGUUAAAAUAGCUGCUUGUCACUUCCAAACUGCUGUUAGAGGUGGAGGGAAGGAUUAUCCAAGAAGGCUUCCCUCUCAAGCCCACAGGUUGGCAUUAGCCGUGUUCAUCCCUCAAAAAUGAAGAAAAUAAAAUGACAACAAUACUAUGAUCAUAGAAUCCUUGAGACACCUUUGUUUCUGCCUUCCACCUGUCUCUAAAACAGGGACAUGAAUUGCCCAUGAUCCCAGUGACAGGAUCAGUGCCACCGAGACACGAGCUUCUACUUGUGUUGUGACACAGGUGGCUUUCUAUGGCAGUCCUGGGGGGAACAGCAAAGCCGCAGUGGAGACUUCCAGUUCUCUGACACCUGCCUGUCUGGUCCCCUGCAGAGGGUAGAGCUGAGUGACAGACAGAGACAGGAUGCUAGGAUGUGUUUAAUUAUUCCCAUUGGUAAAGCCAACUUGUCACCCUUUAAAUGGACUUAUUUGCAUUUAAAUGAAAGCACCUUAGGGCAUCACUGCUGGAAGUCCCCAAACAAAUGUCUGAUAUAGUUUAGUGCCUGCAUUAAAAGAAAGGCCACCCCUUUCUUGCAUUAACAUCCUCCCAGUGUUAAUAAAUCCUUAGCGGCAUUUGACUUCCUGACUCUUGAACUCUGCAACUCUGACUCUGCGUCCUCCUUCCUCAGGCGACUCUGCAGGGGCAGUGCACUUCCUGAUUUGAAGUGGUGACUUGCGUGGAGUCUGCAUAGAUCUUGAAAAUCUUAAGUAUCAGAGCUUGAUGUGUGGAGCCCCAUGGUCCAGUUUGGACUAUUGGGAAUAAUUUUGGGGGGGAUCUUUUUUUUUAAUGUUAGAGACUUGAGUGGUAGAUUUGUGGAAAUACUGGAUCCAGGAAGCAUACAGUUGAAAAGAGUAUGAAUUUAACCUGAAAAUUUUUCUCUGUUCUAGAAAUCUCUCCCUGACAUUCGGAUUAAUCAAGCAUAAUUAAAUGUAGUUAGAUUUUUGUCAGAUUGUAGCUCAAAAUAAUAUUCUUCUUUAGAGAUGCUAAUAUAUUCUGUAGAAAUUUUAUUAAGCACUUUAGUUAAAAGCAAACACCAAGGAGAACAAAAUCAGCCUCAGGAAGGUUAAUUACUAAAAAAACACAAAGUAUAGUAGAUUAUGUAAAAAAUCAUUUAAAUUUUGAAUACCGUGGCUUGAGCUUUAAUUUACAUAGAGAGGUAUUUUGGAUUUUUUUUCACAUAUUUUCCAAAAGUACAGAAUUGCAGUUGCAUUCUUUAAAAGUUCUAAUCAUUUUAGGAUUCCAUUAAGUUUGCUUAAUUUUUACAUGUUAUAGUUUCCAAAAGUGAAGAAUUACAGUUGUAUUUCUUAAAUUGCACCUAAUUAUUUUAGGAUUCCACUAAGUUUGGUUUCAAUUGUAAGAACUGUGUUUUUAUUUCUGUAUCUUUAAAUAAGUGAUCUUUUAAGAGACGUAGUAGGAGAGAGAAUGUAUGUAAAAGAGAAUGUAUGUGAAAGCAUCCCGCCGUGCCUGGCCUUUCAAUAAAUGAAAUGAAAUUUUUAAAGAAAGGUAAAACCUAAGAGUUUAGAUUAUAAUGAGAAAUCUUUUUAUUUUAGCAAUUUCUUUAAAGGGAGAAGUAAAGAGAUCAAAUUGAUUUUAUAUGUUAUAUUUUUUUGUACUCAAAGAAUUACAUGUUCACUGCCCUUGCAUGUCUCAGGGAAUAGCCUUUGAUAAGAAUCCCCGUGGAAAUUUUUGAAACUCUGUCAUGAUGGGUUCAGAUUUGAUAGUUCUUGUCUAAAUUUCUAGAGCUAGAGUUUCAAAACUAUUGUCAUCUCAGGAACACAAGAUUACCCAAGAAACUUGAGCCUCGCCCUUAUCACCACUCAGAUUUUAAGUGCUUUAGGCUUUUUCAUGAUAAAUGACACCCAAAUGUGCUUUGUAUACAAAGAUCUCUUUCUCACGCUUAUCUGAGAUUUUCAUAGAGAGAAAAACCCCACAGUUUGAUUUUCUUUGGUAAUUUUGCUUCUUGGCUUUUCAGUGAGGAUUCUGUUUUCCAUUGGAAUUGAAUCUUUUUGGGAUAAUAAAAUUUCACUUACAAGAACACUCUAUUAAAUAAUUCUAACUUUUGCCAACCUAAAAGUGGUCUACUAAUUUGAAUUCUGUGCAUACCUUUUGCAAAUGGGCUAAAAUGGCACAAAUGUCAGCGAUCAUAUAUACUCUAAGCAAUAUGUUUGCCCUACAGUUAGCAAAGGAAUGUCUAACUCUGGCACUUAUGACUGGUUUAACAGCUCUUCAAUUCAUCUUUGCCUUCCAAAUUGGUUGAAAAUGGCAAACUUAGAAUGGAAUACAUAUUAAUAACAGAACUACUUAGUCUUUUAAAUGUUCUUACCUUGAGAUUCUUUUUGACAGAAAAUGAAAAGAAUCUUACCAUUCAGUUGUAACUCUUUCAGCUCUUCAUAUAUGCUAGGCAUUAAAAAGGCCAUUACAAAAGUUUAAUCUGACUGGAAGUCAAAGUCAUUCGCCAUUUAGCCAUGCUAAAUGUAGUGUGACAAGCAGAGUUUGCCAAAACAGGUAGGAUGUGUAUAAAAUGUUAUAUUGUUGUUUAUAAUAUAUCAUGACACCCCUUUCUUAUAAAUUCCAUUUUCUUUUUGUCAUUUGAACUUUUAUAACCAUGGGAAACCUCAAUCAGUAUUUUAAAAGGCACCAUAUUUACAUUUAGAUCUGGUUUAUGCCUUUAUCUAGAAAACUGCUGAGGUUACUAUCCCGCAUGUUUAAUUAGAACAAAUGUUUUAGAAUAAUUACAGCAAAAGCCUAUAAUGAUAGGGAUCUGAAACCACUGGAGACUGCCUGCCAUUGAAGAGGGACCAGGCUGAAUGGCAGGCCUCGCAGCCUCACUUGCCAAGUGCUGGCAGGAAGCAGAUUUUGCCUCACUGUUGUAACCAGCCUAAAAGGUAAAAUAGAAGGGGCUUGCCAAGGUCCUGUAUCUGCUCCCCAUUUCUCUAGCUGCCUGUGUAACUCAAUGGGGAAAACAUCACAUAAAGUUCUUUAGUUUCUUCUCACUUUUAAAAGUUCCUGUUACAGCUGGCAUGUGAAUUUGACCAACAAAUUGUUUGUAUACUUAAAAUUCUUUUUUUAGACUAGACCAAACUCAAUGUAUCUUGACUCUGAGUAGAUAGCCAAGGCAAUGUUUACCUAGAAAAUAUUAAGUAUUGAGUACUGAAAAAAUGUAAGUUGACUAUUCAGUGUUGGAAGAAUCGAGUUAGAUUGCCUCCGCCUCUGUUUCUGUUAUGUUCGUUGUGACCAUUACGCUCUCUUCUCAUGCUGCGCCGCACUAGAAUUGAUUAAAAAACAGAGUUGUGCUUGAGUCCAUUCUGCACAACAUGACACAGGUUUCAGAAGAACGGAACAUAUCACUUGAGCAUUCUUGCGAACCCUAAUCUCUGCCGAGUUCUUGGUGUUACAGUCAUCUGAGGUGGUAAUUUCUGCUUCAGGCUUCUAUACACAUCAUGCCAUGUGUGCUCUGAGUUCACAUCCUCACAAAAGUAUACAAGUGCUGGCAACUUAAAUAUUUCCCAGAUUUAAAAUACAAGUUGUGAACACUUAAAUGCUUGAACCAAAUAAGAAGAUUCAACACAGAGUAAAAUAUACCAUUGUGAACAUACCUAAUGCUGUGUUUAAAGUUACUUGCUUGGCCAAUUUUUCAUUGUAAUUCAACUUGUAAAAGCAGUGUCUAAACUGGGAAUGAUAGCUGAUUUGACAAGAAUAUUUACUUCUAUAUGAAAUACAAUGUUCAUCACAAUGUUUGUACCCAUAAGUCCAAAUCUGACCUGGUUCGCUUUGUGCACCUGUCAGCAUAGUUACAGUGAUAAAUGUACGUGAGUGUCCAGUGUUCAUGAACUGUCUUGGUGGUGGAGUGAAGUCCGGCCCCAUUGUGCUCUGUGCUAUUCUGUGGCCUGUCUGGCACACACAGUCAUGAGUGAAGGAUGACAUUGGUUUGCGGUAACUUGUUGCUCCACGUUCUGUGGAGAAAAUUGUUCUGUUGUUGUGACUGUUGGAAAAACAUGACCAGAGACGUGUGCGGCUCAAAUAAUGUUCCCCCAUAAGUUGCAGAGCCAUCUGUGGUGUGUGUCAUAGCCAAACUAGUCCAGGAGCAUGUGGACAAUUCUGUACCACAAUAAUCAAACAAUAAAAUGGUAGUUGUGAUUCA